AUGGGGAAAAGCUACUUAAUCAGUGCUCCCAACAUUAUUCACGUUGGGGUGAAGGAGAGCGUCGCCAUUCAAUUGGACGGAGCAACAAAUCCUGUCAACGUCAAAGUUUAUUUAUUCGAUGUGACCACGUACACAAAGUAUUCACACGACAUUAAUUUUGAACUAACGGCGGGGAAUGGUUACCAUCAAAUUAAAGAAAUAAUUGCUCUUCCCAAUCGUAUUAAGCAAAGCCGCAUUUGGUCACGUAAAGACAAGUACAUCUCUCUAGCUGCUGAAUGCCCACAACUGUUUCCAGAAAGGAAAUUGGUCCCGAUCCUGCUCUCGUCAAGAAAGGGCUAUAUAUUUAUUCAGACGGACAAGCCAAUAUACACCCCGAAUGAAAUUGUGCGCUACAGGAUCUUUACUCUGGAUCAUUACAUGAGACCAGUGAGCGACAAUAUUAAAAUAACGAUAUACAAUUCAGCAAACGUUCAGUCUCCUAGUUUGUUCAUGCGGUCUGGAAAAGUGUUCACUCGGCAGUUAAGGAUUCCGGAUAUCGCAAAGCCCGGAAUUUGGAGAAUUGAGGCGCAGUUUAGCGAUUCUCCAAUGUCCAUGGUAUCCGUGCAAUUUGAGGUCAAGGAAUUCGUUCUCCCUAGCUUCAAGGUCGAGGUGAAGUCAGAAGAAAUGUUUUAUCUGGUAACAAGGGACAAAUUCAAUUUCAAAGUUUCGGCAGACUACACAUACGGAAAACCAGUGGAAGGAAUGGCCUAUGUGAGAUUCGGGGUUAUUGAUGAAACAGACAAGGAGGAGUACCUACGGGGACUUGAAAAGCAACUGCAGAUCAAGGGCGGGGUGGCGGAGUCCUCCCUAACGACAGCAGAGCUCUCAGAAACAAUCAAACCUCUGCAAACGGUCCACGAUCUUGUGGGGCACCGACUCUAUAUGGCAGUAACAGUUUUCGAAAUAUCCAGUGGACAAAUGGAGGAAGUUGAACUCAGAAAUAUAAAGUUUGUCUCCUCACCAUAUGUGAUUGAUUUGUCAAAGACCAGCGGCUACUUCAUACCCAGAGUUCCAUUUGCUAUACUGGUUCAGGUAACUUACCCUGACGGAUCUCCGGCCUCGGACGUUCCUGUGAAGUUAGAAGAAGGACAGCCACAAAAUACACAGGAAAAUGGCCAUGUCCUGUUAACAAUGCAAUCCCCUGCGAACAUUGAUACUCUUGAAUUUAAGGUGAUAGCUGGGGAUGGGACUCCUGGAAGAGAAAUCAGUGAAGCAAAGAAAACUGUACAGAUCUACCAUUCUAAGAGUAAGAGCUAUCUCCACCUUGCUGUACCACGCCACGUCUUAGACCCAGGAACCUCGUUUUUUGCAGAUAUAACAGCUGUCACUCCCACAGGCAAUGAAGAUAUCAAGUACUAUUACUAUAUGAUUAUAAGCAAAGGCAAAGUGCUCACAAUGGAUAGAAUUUUGAAAACGGAAUUCACAAAACUUAUUCUCCCACUGAGCAUCUCAAUGGUUCCAGCGUUCCGGAUAGUCCUCUACUAUUACAUAAAUGUCGGGGGGAAAACAGAAAUGGUGGCAAAUUCCGCGUGGAUUGACGUUAAGGAUGUCUGCGAAGGAAAGAUUACAAUUAAAGAUAUGCCCAAACAGUAUUAUAGCCCAGGAGGCAGGACUAAUCUGUUUAUUGAAACUGAAGACAAAGGAAGCCUGUCUGUUGCCAUCGUCGAUACAGCAGUCUAUAUACUCAACAACAAGAAUAAACUUACAGCCAGCAAAGUCUUUGAAGAGAUGAAUUCCUACGACCUUGGCUGCACGUUUGGAGGUGGCGCUGAUAGCGUUCAUGUUUUCAUGGAUGCGGGAUUGACUUUCAUUUCGAAUGUGGACACCUCAGAAAUUCGGAAUGGAUAUUCCUGCAAAAUGGAUGGCGGUAGGAUGAAAAGAUCUUUGGACAUUCAAGCGCAGUAUGUGGGAAAAUUAAGUUACUAUACCAACAGCAGUCUAAAGAAAUGCUGCACUGAUGGAAUAACUGUAAUUCCAAUGAAAAGUACCUGCGAAGAUCGGGCAAAGCGAGUCAAAGAGGAGGAAUGUAGAAAGGCUUUUCUCACCUGCUGCGAGUUUGGUGUGGAACUGAGGCGUAACCAGUCAAUGAAGCUCGCUGAAGUGGGAAGAACGGCGGACAGUGAUAUUGAUGAUUACUUCGAUGAAUCCUCUGUUCGAAUUCGGAGCAACUUUCCACAGAGCUGGCAAUGGAGAACGUAUAAUAAUUUAGCUGAAGGAGGGCACAAGUUUCCGAUUAACAUUCCAGAUUCCAUAACAACUUGGGAAAUUCAGGCAGUUGGCAUGUUUGAGGAAAAAGGUAUUUGUGUUGCGGAACCUAAGAAGAUGAGAGUCUUCAGGCCAUUUUUUCUAUCUUUGACGCUACCAUAUUCCGUCAAAAGAAAUGAACAAUUGGAAGUGAGAGCAAUAUUAUACAAUUACCUCUCAAAAGAUAUUGAGAUGAAUAUAUACAUGAAGCCCGUAGUUUCCCUUUGCAGCCCUGCCACAGGCGAGAAGAACGCAAGAACUGUGACUGUUGGAGCAAACUCAGCCUAUCCCAUAUACUUCUCUGUUGUCCCACUCGCCGUUGGCACUAUCCCAAUUGCCGUGGUUGCGUACAACACGAAUGAAUUGAUAAAUGACGCCAUUACAAAAAAUCUCAAAGUAGUGGGAGAAGGUGUGAUGAAGACAGAAGAAAGAAGCAUUAUCAUUAAUCCACAUGGGAGGAGCGCCUAUCAGAUUGUUGAAGAAAUACCUUCUAACAUGGUUCCAGACACUGAUGCCUACCUUUACAUUCGUGCAAGAGGUGAAGUGAUGGGAGAAACAGUUGAAAACUGCCUGACAGCAGAAGGAAUUGACCGUCUCAUUAGGCAGCCAAUGGGGUGCGCCGAGCAAACAUCAAUGUACAUGUCACCAACCGUGUUUGCUGUUAAAUAUCUGGACAAAAGCGAGCAAUGGCUUAGUCUGAAAGCAGAACGGAAAGAUGAAGCCCUCCAGCAUAUUGAAGCAGGCUACAGGCGGAUACUGGAGUUCAAAAAGAAUGAUGGUUCAUACGGAGCAUGGAUAAAUUACCCCAGUAGCACAUGGUUAACUGCAUUUGUUGUUAAGAUACUCUCAAUAGUUCGGACUCAGAUUGAUGUUAACGAUGAGCACAUUCAACAAUCUGUGUUGUAUUUGAUUCGAAGUCAGAGUCCAACUGGAUAUUUUUUGGAUCCUCAUCCAGUGAGACACAGAGAAAUGCAGGGUGGAAUCGGUGGACUAGAGAGCAAAAUUUCCAUGACGGCCUUUGUUACCAUAGCGCUGGUGCAUUCCUUGCCUUCCUUUCACAUAGAUGCUGCAAAAGAGCUAGAAGUGAAAGAAAGUAUUGCAAGGGCAGUUAAGUUUCUUUCCAAUGAACUUGCCGAUAUUUCGCGACCUUAUGUAAUGGCUAUCACCGCAUAUGCCCUUGCCUCAGUGGACCCUGAUAGUUCAGAAGCACAUAUGGCUGAUGCCAAACUGAAAAAAAUGGCAACUUAUGAUAAAGAAAAUAAUACCUGUUAUUGGAAAGCUGAUGAAAAAUCAUUACUCAUUGGAGAAACCAAGCCAGGGAGAGUACCUCAAGCAUCAGCUAUAACAAUAGAGGCCACUUCAUACGCAUUGCUUCAGGCUGUAACCAAGAAAGAUCUCCCCUACGCGUAUGCUAUUGCAAAAUGGUUAACUGAGCAAAGGAACUACGGUGGAGGAUUCCGCUCAACCCAGGACACAGUGGUUGCCCUGGAAGCUCUGUCAGAAUACAGCAUUGCAACCUUUCAGCCUGAGGAAAUCGAUAUUCUAUUUACAUUCAGCAGCCCAAGUAGAAGCAACAAGGAAAAACUUAGUUUAAAAGGGAAGAAUGCUUUAAUACAGGAUGAGUUAAAGUUCCCCCUGGGAGAAGUUAUUAACAUCCAUCUGUCGGGCAACGGGAAUGGAACUCUCACCUUUAUGAAGACAUACCACCUUCUGACGGAACCCAAGGACACUUGUGAUUAUUUCCAACUUGAAGUUACGGUUAAAGGCAAGGUGGAAAUUGCAAGCCGCCCAGACUACUCCGACUAUGAAGAUUAUGAUGAGCCUUUAGCAGCUGACCAGCCAGUGGCUGGGAUUGGCUGGUUCGAUAUGCGAUCCCGGAGGAGGAGGGAUGCUCCAAUUGAUGAUAAAGCCACGACCCUUUAUUAUGAAGUCUGCGUGUGUGCCAGAUUUAUACUCCUGUCAGAAAAGGGGAGGGCGGCGGGGUGGCGUGUGGGGUGUGGCGUGUCGAACUGCGCUACAGUGAUCGCUCGACCUUUGUGUGUGUAUCCUUCAAGGCAUGAGCCCGAUGGUGACAAGGAUCAUAGAGCCUCUGGGAUGGCCAUCGUGGAUAUCUCUCUCCUCAGUGGAUUCGAGCCAGAACACGCAGAUUUGGACAAGUUAAAAAAUCUUGCCGAUAGGUACAUCGAUUCGUAUGAGUUCAAAGACGGGAGAGUGCUCCUCUACCUUGAGACGGUCACUGAACACAGAGAAUGUUUUGUAUUUGGUGCUAAGCAAAUUAUUCCUAUUGGAUUAAUACAACCAGCAAGUGCAACACUUUAUGACUAUUACAACCCCAACACUAAAUGCGCCAUAUUUUACAACGCUCCGGAGCAAAGCACCAUUGUGUCAAAACUCUGCCAGAAUGAUGUUUGUGAAUGUGCUGAAGGUAACUGCCCUCGCAUGAAGAGAACAUUUUCCCAAGAUGUAGCUGGAGAUGCACGGAUGAGUUUUGCAUGCUACGCUCCAAUUGUAGAAUAUGCCUAUAUGGUCAGGAUAACUGGUGUAAAUACAACAGGAAGCUUCAAGGCCUACACUGCCUUCAUCAUAGAGUCCAUCAAACGUUCAAAGGAUGAGAACAUUAUGGCGAACGAUGUCCGGUUUUUGCUGAAACGGAAGUCCUGCCCAAUUGAACUGGCUGAGAAGACAUACCUCUUAAUGGGGAAGGAUGGCAAGACCCAAGAUUCAAGCGGAAAUAUGCAGUAUAUUCUUGAUUCCGAGACUUGGAUUGAAGAGAUUCCGUCUGAGGAAAGAUGCAAAGGCUCAAGAUUCAGAAGCAGCUGUGAGGAGUUUGACAAAUUCAUUCAAAACCUUGCAAUAGAAGGAUGUCAAAUAUAGGAAUAUUUGGACAUUCCGUUGCUCACCUUUUAAGCUGCUUCACCUCUGCAGGGAGUAUGUCCUGCAUGAUAACCUGUUCAACUGAAAAAUAAUAUUCAGUUACAGCUCAUAUAUAGAAGAAAUGUUUGAUUGAUUUGCAGCACACAAUUGCUUCAGCAUAUCCCUUGUC